AUGGAAGGUUUGACACGGAUGUGUGAACAUUCGCCGGUGUACUUUCGUGCUGAGACCAGUCGAAGGAUCAUUAAUUCUCCAUUCUUCACUAUCCCACCUUAUCUCGCUGAUCUCUCACCUAUCGACAGCUGUUAUUUACAGAUGUCUGCCAGCUCACGCGGUCUUCCGGUUUCCUUGGUCCGAAAUCGAAGCAUCGACGACUUCAACGAGCAGGUCGUCAACAUGCUUGACGAAGUCGAAAAGCGAGUCGAACAGUUGAGGUGA